UUUUAAAGCCAAAACCAAAUAGCACGUGCAAUUGUUGUGGAUGCUCUUAAACUAUUUUAGUUGAAGAAACAAAAUGGGCCGAAUUAAAGGAAAUCAAUCAAAAAAGAAGACUUUAUUGACGAAUUCCAAAACCUACUGCGAUCAAGCUGCUACUGCUGUCACUAGCAGCGACGAUGGCUUCGACGAACCAAAGGAAAUAACGGCACCUAAACGUAAACUCCCUAGCGGCAAUAGCGAGGCGAAAAAAAAGAAAUUUAAGCACACAGAAGCAAACGUGAAGCCGCCAACUUUAGAAGAAAUAAAGGAGAUACGCGAUACCCGUAAUCUCUUUCACUCUAAUCUGUUCAAGCUGCAGGUUAAAGAGAUGCUGGAGGAGCUCCAACUCAAACCCAAAUACAGUACCUACAUUGAAAACUGGCUAGAGACGUUUACGACUGCGGUGCAUGAGUUCCAAGAUGGAUUGCUCGAUAACUGCCAACUGGAAGUGCCGCUACAUUUGCACAAGAAACUAUUUAAUUUUCAAUUUCUAACUCCAACUGCAGAGCCUAAGUUGAUUGGCGCUGCCGCCAUAGGUACAUUGCUGGGUCCAAAGCUUGUAGUCGAUGUGGCUUUGGAAAUGCCCGAAAAGUGCUUUCAGAAGGAGGAUUAUCGUAAUCUAAUCUACGAUCAAAAGCGCGCCCUAUACCUCGCGACGGUGGCCAGCAAAUUGAAGGAGCUACCGGCCUUCGCUGCGGAUCACUUCGCUUACAACUACCAUGCAAAUAAUCCACUGAAGCCAGUGCUCGAACUAACACCCACAGGCAAGAUAGGUAAACAUUUGUCGUUGCGCCUGUAUAUCACAGCGCCGAAGGCCAUCUUCAAGCUGAGCCGCUUCGUGCCUUGGAAUAACAAUGUUCGGCCAUCAUUCUUUGGGGACAAGUGGGAUGAGUCGGAAACGUUGCCCUCCACCCAGCACUACAAUGCCAAUGUGCUCUUCGAUUUAACGCUAGCUGAGAAUCAAAAGCUGAUGCUGAGCACAUUCUCAGGCCACCGAAACUUCCAGGAGGGUUUGCUGUUGCUUAAGGUGUGGCUACGCCAACGGCAGCUGGAUGUCGGAUUUAGCGGAUUCAGUGCUCACAUCCUAGCAGCCUACAUUGUGUACCUGAAGCAAAACCGUUUGCUGCAUCAGUCGAGUAGCAGCUAUCAGGUGGCUCGCACCGUAUGGAACCAGCUGGCCAACAGCGACUGGACGCAAGGCAUUACCCUAUGCCCGCAACAGCCGCACCAGCUGAGCACCUUGGCCGGCUACUACGAUGUGUGCUUCAUGGACGUCACUGGCUAUUACAACAUGUGCGCUAAUCUCCCGCUCUCUGUCUACAAAGCCGUUUGCGCCGAGGCUAAGUUGGCCGUUGAGCUGCUAAAUGAUGUGAGAGUUAAUAGCUUUUCACAAAUUUUCAUGCAGGCAUAUCCAUUGUACACUCGAAUGGAUAACAUACUCAAGAUUACGAAUCCCGCCACCGUGGACCAGCUACUUGAGUUGCAUGUUCAGCCGCAGGUCAAAUACGAUUACGCCGACUAUGCGCAUCCGCAGCUGCUUAAAUUGCUAACAGAGUUACUACAGAAGGGUUUGGGAAAACGUGUCCAUGCGAUUCUGCCAUUGGAAACAGCUUCCAAAUCCUGGACCGUGGAUACAAAAGCUCCGAUUAUUGGUCGCUCCUUGACGUUAGGCUUAAUACUCGAUCCUGAGCACGCAUUCGAAGUGUUGGACAAGGGACCAGCGACCAACGAGGAUGCCGAGGGUGCUGCGGAAUUUCGCAAAUUUUGGGGAGAGAAAUCUAAUUUGCGACGCUUCCAAGACGGCAGCAUAACGGAGGCAGUAGUCUGGGCUGCCGUCACUGAUGCCCCCAGCAAAAAGCGCUUGAUAGUGCGCCAGAUAGUGUUGCAUCUGCUGGAGCAGCAUCUGCAGUUGGAACAAAGCGACGUGCACUACAUUGCUGGCGAACUAGACAUUGUCUAUUCUCUGACGUCUUCAUUUAAAGUGGCCAAGCUGCAAACCAAGCUGAAAUUGGAGCAGGAAACCGACGCCGAGGCAGUGACACCGCUCGUCAUCCACUGCUACGACGCACUGGCCCGGCAGUUGCACACCCUCGGGGAUCUGCCGCUGGAUAUAGUCUCAAUAUCUGGUAUUUCGCCGGUCUUUCGCUAUUGUGAGCCGCAGCCUCUGUUGCCGCAAGCACGUCUCGUGGCAGACCGCAUGCAUGCAGGCCACGUGCUGCGUGUGAUUAUUCAGCUGGGUCCGAGUGGCAAGUGGCCCAAUGAGUUGGGCGCACUGCGCAGCCUGAAGACCGCCUUCCUAAUACAAAUUGGCAAGCAGCUAAAGGAGCAGCAACACCUUCACACACAGCUCUGCAAAGAGGGCUUGUUGGUGCUCAAACAAGGCUACUGCUUUCUCCUGGAGCUUGCGCACACCAAAGAGGUGGCGCUGCUGAAGCAGCAGCAAACGGAACGUGGCGUAACUGCAUACGUGGACAAUGCGGCCAGCCGCGAGAUCGAGCGACGUCACUAUAUACUGCCGCGAGUCAGUGGCGCGCUGCACGCGCUGCAUCAGUCACACAGCACAUUCGGACCCACGGUGCUCAUUGCCAAGCGCUGGCUGGCCACGCAAAUGAUCGACGACGGUCUGUGGCCAUCCAUAGCAACGGAGCUGCUGGUGGCACAUCUGUUCCAGCAGCGGCAAACGCCGCACACAACUGUCGCCCCACAGACUGGCUUCAUUCGCUUCCUGCAACUACUGGCGCACAGCGACUGGGCCAGCGAACUGUUCUUGCUCAACUUCAACAAUAGCUGGACAGAGCAACAGAUUACGGACUUGGAGCAUAGCUAUCGCAGCGAGCGCGACAGCUAUCCGGCUUUGUGCCUGGCCACGGCCUACGACCAGCAGCAUGCAGGUCGUCUGUGGACCACUGAUGACUGUCCCAGCAAGCCAGUUUUGGGGCGAGUCACACUCUUGGCACGACACGCACUUCAGCUAAUCGAGUCGAGCCUGCUGUCGCCCAGCCUUGGAUUUGUGCGGCCCGCCCAAUUAUUUAUAGCGUCAGGAGAGGGUUAUGAUUUGGUCGUCGAAUUGAAGCCAGAUCUGCUGCCCAAUACGCUCUGCUACGAUCUCGGCUCGCCAUUUUUACCAUUCAGUCAGCGCAAUUUCCGCUUGCCUCUGGCGGGCAUUGACCAGCUGGCCAAGAUUGUGCAGCAGCUGAGAUCCGCUUAUUCCGAAUACGCUGCCUUCUUUUAUAAUCCUCAUGGCGGCAAAGAGCUGGCCAUUGUGUGGCGACCUGCCUCUGAAUUUGCACCCAAACCGUUCAAGGUGAAUGAGCUGCAAGCGUGCACGCCCUGCUCUGCAGGGAAAGUCCAAGUGGUGAGGGAUACGUUGGUCGAGGAUUUCAAGUUGCUGCUGAAGGACUUUUAUCUGCGCAUCUGCACGCCAGAGCAAUUAAAGCGUGAGCAGCGCAGUCACAACAAGCCCAAGCGUUAUUUUGAUGACCAGGGUGAGCCGGAUGUCGACAAGCCGCAAAAGAAGAAGAAGAAAAAGGGGCCCGUAAUUAAGCCAACUGAUCUAAAGAAACGCUUGAAGAAGAGCAAAUCACUAAGUGCUUUAUGUUAAUAUGUAAAUACUAGAGU